CUGUAGGUAGAAGAAUAUAAAUUACCAAUAUUCAUCUUUCAGGCUAUCAGUGAUUAUCUCCUGAGAAUAUGGAAGUGAUCUCCAUGCAUGUGCCAGUGCUACCGUCCACGCCAACUUGCUUAUCAAGGAAGUCUGUGCCGGAUCUGGGUGAUUUGUGUCAGCUAUGUGGCCAAUGGCAUGUGCAGCCUGAUCUCUGGUACCUUGAUCUGCUCAGAUGCCAUGUUUUCAGUUGCCAUGUGCAUGACAUGUUACCUUAAGAAAGAAGGGGAGCAACAGUUACUUCAGUUAUGCAUCUGGUGCAACAAUUUCCGCGUGGCAGGGGCAGAACUUCUUUGCUUACUUUAAGAUGUGACCUUGGUUCUGACAGCAAUUUCCAUCUCGUUUGAGAUGUGUGGACAGAACGAAAGAAUUGCUCAAGUUCAGAUGCAGGUAUUGCGGUUGAUGUCCUGUGCUGCCCCUGAUGACUGGAAAGGAGUUCCAACUUUGUGGUAUACAGGCCAGAAUAGAGAGCCAUCUGAUUCAUAUAUCUCUCUAGUUAAAGGUGAACAUGGAUGCAGCGGAACUUUGCCUUCAGGAGUGAACUAAACGUGGGAAUUACAGAAUAUCGUGAAGUUUGAGCACGACAUCGACAAAAUAACCCCCAAAUCCGUGAAUGAUUACCAGAAGGAAAACAGAGGAGUAAACAAAUCCAAAUCCGUUAAUAUACUAUAUUCCGCAAGCACCUUUUUGUUUCAGAGUCAAACACUAAAACCUGCAAGAGUAGAUGGGCAGUUCGCGCUGCCACCUAAAGCUAGGACUAGAGCAGUCCUUUUCCGAUACAUGAACUGUUAUUUGGCCUUGCAGCAAUGAUGAGGUUGAAGCAAAUCAUGGUGGUGGUUGCUCAGAUAAGCGGAGCAGAGCGGGCGCUGAUUGCUCAUCAUUAGCAGGGGAUGAGAGAAUCUUCCAUCAGUUGGAUCGCACUUUGAGAGGGCAGCAUGGUGCUGAGCUUACCUUCUCCCAUGCAAACACAUGUCGAGCCAGUGAAGUGGAAGAAAAGUAAUCAAUCUGAUGAAGAUAGCAAAGAACUCCAGAAACUAGUGGUGCCGGCCCGUUGUUUCGCUUUGCAUUAGUUUAGUAUCAUCCUAAGAGCAGAGCAUAUAAAACAGAGCUCCGGGGCUUAAACAAAGCCUCGUAUCAAGCCAUUGAUUAGAACAUCAGAGCUAACCCGUUGAACACGCUAACCCGCGACUCAACACUCGUCCAAUCCAAGCCCCUAUAUAUUGUCAGUCCCUUUACAACUCUUUGCACCAGGCCAAGGAGGCAGCAGCAGCAGCAGCAGCCUGAGACAAGAGACCCACCCACACCAACACCCACACCCACACGCACACACACACUGGCAAUGGGGGAGCAAGGCAGGGCGAGCAACAAGAUCAGGGACAUCGUGAGGCUGCAGCAGCUCCUCAGGAAGUGGAAGCGGCUUGCGCUCACGCCCAAGGCCGGCAGCAGGCACGGUGGUGGCGGUGGUGCUGCCGGCGUCCCGCGGGGCUUCUUCGCGGUGUGCGUCGGGGAGGAGAUGAGGAGGUUCGUGAUCCCCACGGAGUACCUCGGGCACUGGGCGUUCGAGGAGCUGCUCAGGGAGGCCGAGGAGGAGUUCGGGUUCCGGCACGAGGGCGCCCUGAGGAUCCCCUGCGACGUGGAGGUGUUCGAGGGCAUCCUGAGGCUUGUGGGCGGGAAGAAGGAGGCCCUGUCCUACAGCUCUUCGGAGCAUGGGAUCUUGUGCACAUGAUGGUGGUGGCCACUUGUUUUCCGUUGUCCAUUUGUUCCCAUUCUUGGUUCUUGGUUCUUCUGAGGGGAAGAGGAGAAAGAGUUCGGCGGCUAUGAGCUUUACUUGUCCAUUAUUUGUUCCAUUCUUGGUUCUCGAUUCUUCGAAGGAGAAGAGGAGGAAGAGUUCAUCGUCUACGAGCUUCGAUGAGCUUCGGCGGUUUGUAUAAGAGGGCGUAAUGAAGGAGCCGCAUUCUUUUUGAGUAAAAAUUGAAGGAUUCGAAAUGAGUAUCUUAUCUUAGGUAAAAACUCCUUCAUAAAUAAUAAUUCACUUAUUCUUUGUUCUCCAGUUCCGUAUGUAAGGAAUAGUUUGACCUCUGUAAUCUGUCCACGCUCCGGUUGCUUUCUUGCUCAACACUUGCAAUAAUGAGAUGUCUUUUGUUGUUGUUGCGAAUAUGCAAUAAUGAGAUGUCAA